ACAGACAAGCCCCUGGAGAAGCCCCUGAAGCUGGUCCUCAAGGUUGGAGGAAGUGAAGUGACUGAGCUCUCAGGGUCUGGGCACGACUCCAGUUACUACGAUGACAGGUCAGACCACGAGCGCGAGCGACACAAAGAAAAAAAGAAGAAGAAGAAAAAGAAAUCGGAGAAGGAGAAGCACCUCGAUGAUGAAGAAAGAAGGAAAAGGAAGGAAGAGAAGAAGCGGAAACGGGAAAAGGAGCAUGGCGACACGGAGGGAGAGGCCGACGACUUUGAUCCUGGGAAGAAGGUGGAUGUGGAGCCGCCCCCUGAUAGGCCCAUGCGCGCGUGCCGGACACAGCCAGCUGAGAACGAGAGCACGCCUAUUCAGCAACUGUUAGAGCACUUUCUCCGCCAGCUCCAGAGAAAAGAUCCUCAUGGAUUUUUCGCUUUUCCUGUCACGGAUGCAAUUGCUCCUGGAUACUCAAUGAUAAUAAAACAUCCUAUGGAUUUUGGCACAAUGAAAGACAAGAUUGUAGCCAAUGAAUACAAGUCUGUCACAGAAUUUAAGGCAGAUUUUAAGCUGAUGUGCGAUAAUGCCAUGACCUACAACAGGCCGGACACUGUGUACUACAAGCUAGCCAAGAAGAUUCUUCACGCGGGCUUUAAGAUGAUGAGCAAAGAGCGGCUGUUAGCUUUGAAGCGCAGCAUGUCGUUUAUGCAGGACAUGGAUUUUUCUCAGCAGGCAGCUCUUCUGGGCAAUGAAGAUACAGCCGUCGAGGAACCUGUUCCUGAAGUGGUACCCGUACAAGCAGAAACUGCCAAGAAAUCCAAAAGGCCGAGUAGAGAAGUCAUCAGCUGCAUGUUUGAGCCAGAAGGAAAUGCUUGCAGCCUGACGGACAGCACGGCGGAGGAGCAUGUCCUGGCCUUGGUGGAGCACGCAGCCGACGAGGCUCGGGACAGGAUCAGCCGGCUCCUCCCAGGGGGCAAGAUGGGCUAUCUGAAGAAGAACGGGGACGGCAGCCUGCUCUACAGCGUGGUCAACACGGCUGAGCCGGACGCCGACGAGGAGGAGACCCACCCUGUGGACCUGAGCUCGCUCUCCAGCAAGCUGCUCCCGGGCUUCACCACGCUGGGCUUCAAAGACGAGAGAAGGGGCAAAGUGACGUUUCUCUCCAGCGCCACCACCGCGCUGUCAAUGCACAACAAUUCCGUAUUUGGCGACUUGAAAUCGGACGAAACGGAGCUGCUGUAUUCUGCCUACGGAGACGAGACGGGUGUGCAGUGCGCGCUGAGCCUGCAGGAGUUUGUGAAGGAUGCUGGGAGCUACAGCAAGAAAAUGGUGGAUGACCUCCUGGACCAGAUCACCGGUGGGGACCACUCACGAAUGCUCUUCCAGCUGAGGCAGGUGGGUGCGCCGUGCUGGCCUCCUUGCGGGCACCCACGGCCCUGGGCUCCUGCCAUUGGGUCACUGCUGUUGGAGAGCCCAUCCAGACUGACGUGGUUCUGGCUAGCUGUUCUUCCCUUAUUCUUUUUUUAUUUUCCUUUGUUCCCCAUAAACGGUUAAUUUUCUCUCAGAGGAACUUAAAAA